AUGACGGCGCUCUUUUCUGUGCGCAUAAAUCAUAGGCUUUCGAAAGAAGCUUUCAGACGGAGGAUCGCGCUUGCGUGGGCGAAUCUGCGACUGCGUCAUGUUAUGCUUAUGAGCCGGACGUUGUUCAACGAUUCACAAAGACAUCGGAAGUUCAUUGUUGAUCUGCACGGUAGCAUAGAAGAGGUGCUUCAAGAUGUUCUGCGGAGUGUAGUAUGGGUGGAUGAUCACUACGAAAAGGUUGACGGGAAUGAGAUGCAUCGACACGCCUUCAAUGUGGGUCGCAUUGUUGAGCCUGAGAAGUGCAUGUCGAAGAUUCAUGUGCUGCCUUUGGUCAAGAGACCUGAUGGGAGCUCCGAAGUGCGGUUCUUGAUUGUGAUGGGUCAUCAAAUAUCGGACGGUCUAUCUGCGUACAACUGGUUCAGCGAUUUCGUUCGCAUACUCAAUUUGUCAGAGAAAGACUUGGAAAGCGAGAUAGAGAUAGGCAGACAAGAGGACGAGAUAAGAAAGAGGCUACCACCUGCACAAGAAGACCUAUACCCACGGGUUGCAAGAAACAAAGCAAGAGAAAGAUGGUUUUGGUCCAUUAUGCGUGUCCUGCGGCAUCUGCGAAAGACCACCCCCCAAUCCUUUACCAAUCCGCUCAGAAGAGAAGAACGAAAAGAAGUUAUAACCUUCCCGCCACACUUCUCUAAGCUCUUCGACUACUCCGAAGCCUCAAAGCCUCCCCUAAAUGCAGGUACUGUCUAUGCAAGCCUCUCCCUUCUUGCAUCAAAGCGCAUGAGGGACCUCUGCCGCUCCAUUCACGUUAGCAUCGGCGCCGGAUGCUUCGCCCUCGCAGGCCUCGCUAUGAUGACCGUUCACGAAGAGCGUUUCCCCAAUAUACCCGACGACAAGCGACUCCCCUUCGCAUCUGGGUUUCCGCUAAACCCACGCGCUUUCUUCGGCUGGAACACCCCAGCUGAUUCGUGUAUGCUGGCGUUUUCAGAAGGCAUCGUCAUGCCCUUCUUACCUUCUUCCCUCCCAAUCGAAGGCCGCUUCAAGCUCAUCGCGAGUCAUGCGAAUCGCGAGUUACGCAUUUAUCAGAAACGCGCGAAGGGUAAGAACUCUGAUGUGCAAGGCGGUUUCGAUCCGCAUUCUCCGGCUCGACUGCUCGCCAAUGCAUACCUUAGUGCCAUUGAACGCUCGGACGCAAAGCUACCUGAUGAUAUGAAGUGGGGAGUCAAUCCGCACGGCGAACUUCUUCCUCCAGCCUUUCAAUUUAGAGCGACGUGUGGUGUGUCGUCUAUUGGACGCACGGCGCAAUGGCUUGCAGCAGGAACAUACGAUCUGAGUGUUGUUGGGAAUGGUGCUGAAGAGAAGGAUUUUGCAGCAGACUUCUGGGAUUUUCGCCAGGGUGUUAGGGCAAGGGAUGACGAGUUCUUGGUGGGAAGUAGUACGGAUGCGGAGGGAAGAGUGAAAUUUGGGGUGAGCUACGACGAGAGUGCGAUCAGUCCUGAGAUGGCAGGGAGAUGGAGAGAGGUUGUUGAAGGGCUGAUGGAGUACAAUACGGAAGGGAGGGAGAUGGCGAAGAUCUGA